AUGAAAUGCAAUGAAAAUGAGAAUAGUAAGCCUCGCAGUCGCAUGAAUCUGGACAAUCUGGAUAAAGCAUUGCACGACUUGGGCAUGUUGAGCGCUAUCACAGAGGCGCGCCGUGAGUACUUGAAAGAGUCAAAGUCGAAUUACAGCGUUAUGCGUUUGAACACUCGAUAUGUGUCCAACGUAACUGUGGGAUAUUGCAUGAAACGCACGAAUAAAACUAGAAUUUGUCCAUAUGUUCUCCCAGUGCGGCAUAGAACAAAGAGUGAGAACUCGGACGUGAUCGCCAGUGAAAUGAUUGAUAGCAGUGAUUUUAAAUUCAGUAUAUUAGAACCGUCUACGAGUGGCGGAAGAGAAAAUAAUGAUAAGAAUACAAAACGAUGUCAAUCACUUGAGAAUCUCAAUUUAGUGAUAGACCCACCGUUGAAAGCCGACACUUCACCCGACAUGGAAUGCGUGUCAUCACAAAUCCAGAAUUUACAAGUCGAUGAAUGA